AAGCGCGUCUUUGCCCGUCCCCGCGGUUCGAGGCGUUCGGUGCUCGGCUCUUCUCCCCGUGAGCCUGAGAACGUUUGGGAACAUGGCGUCAGACGGAAUGAUUUUAACUAACCACGACCACCAAAUCCGAGUCGGAAUAUUGACAGUAAGUGACAGCUGUUUCAGAAACCUUGCUGAAGACCGAAGUGGAGUCAACCUUAAAGAUCUCGUUCAUGACCCAUCCUUGCUUGGAGGCAUAAUAUCUGCAUACAAAAUAGUACCUGAUGAGAUAGACGAAAUCAAGGAGACUCUAGUGGACUGGUGUGAUGAGAAAGAGCUUAACCUUAUCUUGACCACUGGUGGAACUGGCUUUGCUCCUCGUGAUGUUACACCAGAGGCUACAAGGGAAGUGAUUGAGCGUGAAGCUCCAGGGAUGGCCCUUGCCAUGCUUAUGGGCUCGUUAAAUGUUACACCUCUUGGCAUGCUGUCCAGACCUGUAUGUGGCAUCAGAGGCAAAACUCUCAUCAUUAAUCUACCUGGCAGCAAGAAAGGCUCACAGGAGUGCUUCCAGUUCAUCUUGCCUGCUCUGCCUCAUGCCAUUGAUCUUCUGCGUGAUGCUAUAGUUAAAGUGAAGGAGGUUCACAAUGCGCUGGAGGACCUGCCCUCACCCCCACCACCCCUCUCACCUCCCCCUGUCACCAGCCCACAUAAACAGACUGAGGACAAGGGCAUCCAGUGCGAGGAGGAAGAAGAGGAAAAGAAGGACAGUGGUGUUGCCUCGACUGAGGAUAGUGGUUCCUCACAUAUCACAGCAGCUGCUAUCGCUGCAAAGAGUGUGUUCCAUCCCACUCAUGCUGUUGUCAUGGCCAAAGGGGGGCAGCCAUUGACUUGCUUCGUCCCUCCCACCACCCUUCCCUCUCAUUUCACCUGCAACUGUGGAGACAAGAUUCCAGAUGCCAUUAUUUCUCGGGGUGUACAGGUGUUGCCACGGGACACAGCAUCUCUCAGUACCACCCCCUCAGAGUCUCCCCGUGCUCAGCAGUCCCGCCUGUCCACUGCUUCCUGCCCCACUCCCAAAGCAUCACAGAGAGAGUUCAGGGCACACUUGGAUGAGGUCAUCACACUCAAGUCAAGGUACUCUACCUUGGACCAGCUCCAUUCCAGGCUGGAGGGGCUCAGAGCUGAUCACAGGAGACAUAGGACCUACAAAGUACAGUCACGGUGUGGCAGCAAAGAGAACAUCCUAAGGGCAAGUCAUAGUGCAGUAGACAUCACAAAGGUGGCACGAAGACACCGCAUGUCCCCAUUUCCCCUUACCUCCAUGGACAAGGCCUUCAUCACUGUGCUGGAGAUGACCCCUGUUCUUGGUACUGAGAUCAUCAACUAUAGAGAUGGAAUGGGUCGAGUCUUAGCUCAGGAUGUCUAUGCCAAAGACAAUUUGCCUCCUUUUCCAGCUUCAAUCAAAGAUGGCUAUGCUGUUCGAGCUGCCGAUGGCCCAGGAGAUCGAUUUCUCAUUGGGGAGUCCCAGGCUGGGGAACACCCUACUCACACAGUGAUGCCAGGACAGGUAAUGAGGGUGACAACGGGAGCUCCUAUCCCAUGUGGAGCAGAUGCUGUUGUGCAAGUGGAGGAUACAGAGUUACUGCGAGAGUCUGAGGAUGGCACAGAGGAAUUAGAGGUGCGGAUUCUCGUGCAGGCACGUCCAGGCCAGGACAUUAGGCCAAUUGGGCAUGACAUAAAACGUGGUGAAUGUGUACUGGCCAAAGGAACACACAUGGGCCCAUCUGAAAUUGGCCUGUUGGCCACUGUGGGAAUCACUGAGGUGGAGGUUCACAAGUUCCCUGUUGUGGCAGUUAUGUCCACUGGCAAUGAAUUGUUGAAUCCUGAAGAUGACCUCCACCCAGGGAAGAUCAGGGACAGUAACCGCUCUACUCUGCUGGCUACCAUCCAAGAGCAUGGCUACCCCACAAUUAACCUUGGAAUUGUUGGAGACAACCCAGAUGAUCUGUUGAAUGCCCUGAAUGAGGGAAUAAGCCGUGCAGAUGUCAUCAUUACAUCUGGAGGAGUGUCUAUGGGAGAGAAAGACUACUUGAAGCAGGUUCUGGACAUUGAUCUCCAUGCCCAAAUCCACUUUGGUCGAGUGUUCAUGAAGCCAGGUUUACCUACAACAUUUGCCACCUUAGACUUCGAUGGCACACGGAAGCUUAUCUUUGCCCUGCCAGGUAAUUUCACCUACAGAGACACAGGGGUGACACUCCUUGAGGCCAUGCCCAUGAGCAACAGCGAGGCAAGCAGGCUACCUGUUUCUCCUCCCCCACGAAGAAGUAAUCCAGUGUCUGCAGUUGUCACCUGUAAUCUCUUUGUUAUCCCUGCUUUGCGAAAAAUGCAGGGUAUUCUGGACCCAAGGCCAACAAUCAUCAAAGCUAGGCUCUCCUGUGACGUUAAGUUGGACCCGCGCCCAGAGUACCACCGCUGUAUAUUGACGUGGCAUCACCAAGAGCCCCUACCUUGGGCACAGAGUACAGGCAAUCAAAUGAGUAGUCGGCUAAUGAGCAUGCGCAGUGCCAACGGUCUUCUGAUGUUGCCCCCUAAAACAGAGCAAUACGUGGAGCUGCACAAAGGCGAGGUGGUGGACGUCAUGGUCAUAGGGCGUCUAUGAUGUCAUCGUAGAUAUUACAUAACCAGAAAAGAUAUAUGUGGUGCAUGUCCACAUAUUUAUUAUAUUGUAAUAUGCAAUUGCACAGUUAUUUUUAUUAUUUUUUUCUAUUUGGAUAAAAGUUAAUGAAGUAUUAUCAACUUUGCAAACAAUAGCAAACUUAUGGAGAGACAUAAUAUUUCAGCAACAGAGGAACACUAUAUAUAUAUAUAUACAUAUAUAUAUAUACACACACACACGGAUCAGGCAUAACAUUGAGGCUUAACAUGUCAGGCUUAACAUAGCACUGACAGGUGGGAUAAAUUAGGCAGCAAGUGAACAUUUAGUCCUCAAAGUUGAUGUGUUAGAAGCAGAAAAAAUUGGCAAGCAUAAGGAUUUGAGCAAGUGUGACAAGUUGACAAGGGCCAAAUUAUGAUGGCUAGACGACAGAGCAUCUCCAAAACUGCAGCUCUUGUGGGGUGUUCUGUAUCUAUCAAAAGUUGUCCAACGAAGGAACGGUGGUGAACCGGCAACAGAUGAUGAUGAUGCACGUGGGGAGCAAAGGCUGGCCCAUGUGGUCUGAUCCAACAGACAAGCUGCUGUUGCUCAAAUUGCUGAAGACAUUAAUGCUGGUUCUGAAAGAAAGGUGUCAGAAUACACAGUGCAUUACAGUUUGUUGCGUAUUGGGCUGCAUAGCUGCAGACCAGUCAGGGUGCCCUCUGCUGAAAGCGCCAAGAAUGCACUUCAGAACUGGACCACGAAACAAUGGUAGAAGGUGCACAAAGCAAACAAGUCCAAUCCAUGAAGGCCCCACUACACAACUGACAGGACUUAAAGGAUCUGCUGCUAACAUCUUGGUGCCAAAUGGCUCCAUGCCCCAAUGGGUCAGCGCUGUUUGGGUCAUAAUGUUAUGCCUGAUCGGUGAGUUUGUGUGUGUGUGUGUGUGUGUAUGUAUAUAUAUAUAUAUAUAUAUAUAUAUAUAUAUAUAUAUAUAUAUAUAUAUAUAUAUAUAUAUAUAUAUAUAUAUAUACACACAUUAAAUGGAUAUAAAAAGUCAAAUCCUCCCAAUAUAAAUUGCUGAAGGGGAGGACACUGUAGAAAGACCUGGUGCAUACCCCUUAACUCAUACUUUGGUAAACAUAUUCUUGCAUAUAUUCUUGAUGGAGAAAGAUCUUGUCGUUCAUUUUUCAGCAGGGGUGUGUAAACUUUUUAUAUCCACUGUUUAUGCAUUUGUGUUUAAGUAUAUGUAUGUAUAUGUACAUAUACAAAACAUGGCCAGAUGUUUGUGGACACCUGACCAUAACACUUAUGUGUGCUUUUUGAAACUUCCAUUCCAGAUUUAGCUCCCCUUUUCUGUAAUAAUUACGUCCACUUUUUUUUUGGAAGGCUUUCCACUAGAUUUUGGAAUGUGUUUUGCAAUGGGGAUUUGGCCAUUCAGCCUUAAGGGCUGGCACUGUUGUUGGGCAAGGAGGCCUGUUUGCCUAACAGUUGUUCAGUGUUCCAGUUCAUCCCAAAGGUAUUCACUGUGGUUGAGGCCAGAGCCUCACAUACAGAGGAACAUACUAAUACUAGGUAUGACCCCCUUUUGCUCACACAACAGUCAAUUCCACAAAGUCUUUCCAUGUUGACAUUUGGUCCAUGUUAAAUUUGUUGUAUAUUGAUGUUAAGCAUUCAGAUAAUGGAUGAUUAUCAUUAUGGCCAGUUUUUCUGAUGAUGGCUAAUUCCAGCGUGAUAAUGCACUGAGUCACAAAGCACAAGAUGUCUCAAACCUGUUCCAUUAACAUGUCAAUGAGUUCAGUGUAUUUACUGUAGGUGGCCUCCCAGUCACCAGAAUUGAAUAGAGCAUUGAGCUUUGAGAAAUGGUCUAAUGGGAGGUUCAGCUAAAAAAAAAAUCUACAGCAAUUAUGUGAUGCAGCCAUGUCAACAUGGACCAGAAUCACAUAGGAAGGUUUCCAACACUUUAUAGAAUUUAUGCAAUAAAGCACUGAAGCUAUUUUGAGAGGAAUGGUGUUCUACGCAGUGUUAGUGUUGGUUAUGUACAUACAUACAUACUGGUUAUAAUUUUUUGCACACAAAACAUAAUAGCAAUUAAUUUAUGAAACGUACCAUGAAUCUUUUUUUUCUUCCCGAGAUGGUGAACUUGUUAAGCCGGUAGAUAUAUAACUGACUCAUACACAGGGCAAAUAUUGACUGUAAAAACAAAUGUAUGGUGUGCUAUAAGUGCCUAAUCAGAGUGUUAAAGAUUUUGGCUAAUUUUGCAAUUAUAUUAAAUUAGAUCUAGAUUAUUCCAGUAAGGCCAAUGCUUUUUUAUUCACCAUGCCAUCGUUUCGAUAAGCUUAUGCAAUGUCACAACAUUUAUUUUCCAUCUAGAGUUGCACUAAUUUCUUACGCCUAUAUACACACAUUUUCCAUGAAAGGACAUAAUUGUAUUGCUUAAAUGAGCUGUAAAAUUAUUAAAAUAAUUUUUUUUAAUUACUUUUGCUUGAAAAUAAGGAUUUGGUCUUUAAAUUUCUUCAGAGUAUCCUCACAUUGCAGCAGUUAAGUCCUUCCAGAUCUUUGCCAUGUUGUCUUUCAAUUUGUUGAGGUAAUGAAAAAAUCUCACCUUAUGCUUCUUGAACUGGUUAGAUGUAUGGUGACUUUUAGGAACCAUAUGGUCAAGCUGCUCCCUUAACAGCUCUAUUAGGAGUGAGACCUGAUGACUGUGCACACUAGUCCGUUACAGAUAGAAUACCAGCUGACUGCUUCUUCUCCAAAUAGUUUUUGCAUAAUUGGAGUUGUGCUUUGGUCCACUGUCUUGCUGUAGGAGUAAAUUGUUUGCAGUCAACUACUGUCCACAGGGUAUGGCAUGGUGUUGCAAAAUGGAGUGAUAGCCUUCCUUGUUCAAAAUCCCUUUUAUCAUGCAUCAAUCUUCCAAUUUAGCACCACCAAAGCAUCCCCAGACCAUCACUAAUCCUUCACCAUGUUUGACACACAUGUUUCUCAUGCUUGAGAAUCUGAAGUGCACUGGGGCCUUGCACUUCUCUUUCUAUCCUGGUUAAAACCAGUUUGUGCUGUACUUUGAAGAGAGUAAGAUAUAUUGCUGUAUGAACUCAUUAGUUUCAAGGCAAUCUGUUACACAGAAUAGCCAACAUUUCUUUGAACAAGAUUAGACAAAUGAGUUUUAGAAGAGAUUUGUAUUUUCUGCUAAUUUUGAGUUUUUAGUUGUACCCACAAAAGCUAGCCUAAGAAAAUGAUUAAUUAGCCUUUCAGCAUUACAAUGUGCUGUUGGAACACAGAUGUGAUGGUUGUGGAAAAUAACCUUUACAUCAUCUGUAGAUAUUCCAUUGAAAAUCAGUGUCCAGCUAUAAUGGUAAUUUACCAUCAUGUCCAGUCUGUAUUUUUGAUCAAUUAAUUGUUAUUUUGUGUAAUAUUGUUUAUUUCAAAAGCAAGGGAAUUUCAAUGUGACUCCAAACUUUUGAUCAGUAGUGUAUGUUUGAUUUCUUCUAUAUUUGUGUUGCCACAAUUAAUUGGUUCAGAUCUUCAUAUGAAAAUGGAAUACACCCUAAGUAAACACAAAGUUUUAAACAAUCAUUUAUUAAAGGAAAACAGGAAGUUAUCCAACAGCAACUGGCCCUAUGUGAAAAAGUAUUUGCCUGCUUAAUUUUGCAUUCAACCAAUUAACCAAACCAGGGUUGAUAACUGCCAGAUCUGUGAAAUCUAAACAAUAUAACAGCCUUGUGAUAGAAUCUUAAUAGUCAACAAGCAGAACUCUAUGCUGCAAUAAUAAGAAAUACCUGAAGAGAUGAGAAAGAAGGUUAUUGAAUUAUAUCACUCUACAAAGUGUUACAUCGCAAUUUCUAUGGCUCUGGGGCCCCACCAAACUACAUUAAGAACCAUUUUCUCCAAAUGGAGAAAACUUGGAUCUGUGUUGAAUCUUCCCAGAAGUGGUAGGCUGUCCAAAAUUCCUCUAAGAGCUCAUUGAGGACUCAUCCAGGAUGCCAUAAAACAAGUCAGACAAAUGCAUGCCUCAAACAAGGUCAGUCUUCAUAAUGGAUCACAUUAAACCUGGCACAGAGGCUGCACAGCAUCCUAAAUAAGAACAUCAUACCAGCAGUUAAUGGUGGUGGUAAUAUGAUGAUGUGUAGAUGCUUUGCUGCUUCAGGGCCUAGGUGACUUGACAUAUAUAAAAGAAUCAUGAAUUCUGCUUUCUAACAGAAAAUUCUGAAGGAGUAUGUCUAGCUGUAGGUUAGUGAUCUGAGGCUUAUGCACAUUGGGUCAUGUAGCAAGAUAACAAAUAUGAAGCACAUGAGCAAGUCCACUUCUGAAUGACUCAAAAGAAACAAAAUGAAGGUUUUUUGGCCUAGUGGCCAAGUCCUUUCUUGAACUCCAUUGUUCAUGAUUGAAAGCCCUCCAACAUGACUAAAUUUAAGCAAUGUGAGAGACUAUUACUGUGUGACAACUGUGAGAGUUAUUAAAAGCAUUUAGUUGCACUUGUUGCUUCUCAAGGUUACACAACUAAUUAUGUUUAGGCCCUUAGUACAGAAGGACUUUUUCACAUGGGUGUUAUAGGUGGGUUUUUUUGUUUGUUUGUUUUUUGUUUGUUUGUUUUUUGUUUUGUUUUUUCAAAUAAAUUAAAUGUUAAAAACAGUGCUUCACUCUUCUUGUUCUGCUCGUCAUAUUUUUAUGAGGAUCUGUAACCAUUUAGUGACAACUAAGUGAAAAUGGGGAGAAACAUAUUUGUCAUUGGUGGAGAAUUAUGCUUUGAGGAAGAAAGACAUUUGAAAUGUUAGCACAGACAGGUUUAGUUCUUAGACAUGCUGGAGUGCUCUCAGAUUUCCUCAAGGUGGAUUACGGUUACCAAUCUUCUGCCUUUACCCUAUUCUGUAUGCACAAAAAUGACUAAUGGCACAAAGCCUGGGUCACUAAGGAGAUUGUGUGGCUUAGAAAAUUUUGAAGAAGGAGGAGGUCACUGAGCAAUGACAAAAUGUACAUCAAAGUUAGAGGAGACUAAAGUAAUCAGCAAAGAUGUUUUUUUCUAUUACUGAAAUGUGCUGUCAGUCAGUCUAGAAUACUUUAAUGACCACAUCUCCCCAUAUUAUUAAUUUAAUAAUAGAUUUAAUAUUAAUAUUAUUGUGAAUUAUACCCACAAGUCCUAUGAAUUAUUCACAACUCCUGAUUCAGUUUAUCAACAAUUUAUUAAGCUCUAGAUUGGUUGGGUCAGGUGUUUUGUGAAGAGUGAAAAUUAUUUUUUUUAAAAAGGUGGGCAAACAGCUUAGCCCACACUUUGAGGCUUGUACGGCUGGGACAUUUACUUGUUUGACUUUAAAAGGAGGAUACAGCUUAUUUAAAGGCUGACAGUGUUUUUAACUUAUACACAAAAUGUACAGUCAUAUAUGCUACACUAAUGUACAUAUCUUGACCAGCACUCCUGAAAUAUUGAAACAAUGAGGAGAAAACCCCUGUACUAUAUAAAAUGUUUUCUGUAAUGAUAUUAAAACAU